GGGCUCCCACCUGUCGUCCCCGCUCUUCGACCCAGACGCACCAUCGCUUCAACCAACUGCCCGCACUCGCUCGAAGCCGGCCGUCUCCACAUGUUCUAAUUCACGGUCUUGACGACCUCGCUAGUAGCUAAUUAUACCCCGCCACCCUUCCUCAACGACCACGUCUAUCUCCAGUCAAGAUGUUGUCGAACCCGCUGCACCGUUUCUCCCCCUACCACAUCCCGUCGAACACGCUCAUGUCCAACGGCCACGUCCCGGCCGGCCACCUUCACGCAGCCGGACUCGACUCACUCGCUCCCGGCUCUCACUACGCACUUCAGCAGCUCCAGCAACACGUCGGCGUCCACAACCCUCACCUCGCCCGGGCUGGGCCUCAACCAAAGCACAGGCAACAUCCGUACGGGCCCGCCGCUAGAGCUGCCGGGGCAGCUGGGCCGAUUCGGAGGAGGAUCAGCAGAGCAUGCGAUCAGUGUAACCAACUAAGGACGAAAUGCGAUGGCCAACAUCCCUGUGCCCAUUGCAUUGAGUUUCAAUUGGGCUGCGAGUACAUCCGCGAACGCAAGAAGCGCGGCAAGGCGUCUCGGAAAGACCUGGCCCAACAAGCCGCCGCUCAAGCCGCCGCCGCCGCAGGCCAGAAUGGCCAAAAGUCCGAGAACACGGCAAGCGAGAAUGGCCAGUCCGCAGAGAGCCGGAGCGACACACCAAGCAGCACCAAGCCAAUCCUGACUUUGAACACUGAUCAGCCAUCAGCCUCAGACAAGAGCAUGACCGACAUGUCGGAGGACCAGCUACGGGGGCAGAGGACAGGAAGCAUCGAGACCUUGGGCGACAUGAGUGCCCAUCCGGGGCACAUGACGAGCCACCCCGGCGCUCUCGACAGAGACCAUCUCGACAGCCCGGCAGCGCUGGACCUCAACGGAUACGGGUCCGUCCAUCCGGCAUACGAGCGCCAGAUGAGCGCGCACAUGAUGAACGGUCCGCCACAUGGAUCCUACGGCCCCAACCAGGGAAACAUGUCCAGCUACCCCGAUCUGCCGUAUGCUCUCCAAACACAGAGCCCGACCGGCUACUCCGCAAAUGCCGCCAAUGGUUUCCGCCUCGCGAACAGCCCGCUCAGCGCUUAUCCGAUGGGCGGAGAGCCAGCAUCCCCGGGUGGGUGGAUGAACAUGUCGUCCCCGCCGCCGCAAUUCGCUUCGCACGUCCCGCAGAACGGCUACAACCACUCGCACCUCCGCUAUCCCGUGUUGGAGCCGUUGAUCCCGCACCUGGGCAACAUCAUCCCGCUUCCUCUUGCCUGCGAUCUCAUUGACCUCUAUUUCGCGAGCUCGUCGUCGGCCCAGAUGCACCCCAUGUCCCCCUACGUCCUAGGAUUCGUCUUCCGAAAGCGGUCGUUCCUGCACCCGAGCAAGCCCCGCCAGUGCCAGCCGGCACUCCUGGCGAGCAUGCUGUGGGUUGCUGCGCAGACAAGCGAUGCUCCGUUCUUGACGAGCGUCCCUUCGGCGCGUGGCAAGAUCUGCCAGAAGCUUCUAGAACUGACUGUUAGCCUCCUCAAACCGCUCAUUCACACACCCUCGGAAGAGGCGUCGCCUGUUUCGAGCCCCAUCGUCGAUGGUGUUGCUCUGGGCGGCCUUGGCGUCGCGCUCCCCGGAUCCAUCAGCAUGGAAGCACUCACUAGCGAAUCCGGCGCUUUCGGUGCGGCCGGUACUCUCGACGACGUCAUCACCUACAUCCACUUGGCGACAGUUGUUUCCGCGAGUGAGUACAAGGGAGCGAGCCUGCGAUGGUGGAACGCCGCAUGGUCGCUCGCCCGCGAGCUCAAGCUGGGCCGCGAACUACCUCAGAAUGCGCCAGCAAGCCGCCAGGGCGGCUCGGCGGAUAUCGAUGACGAGAACAAUGGCUCCGAGAUGGGCAUUCCCGGCGUCAUCACUGAGGAAGAACGCGAGGAGAGGCGACGUAUUUGGUGGCUAGUCUACAUCGUCGACCGCCAUCUUGCGCUCUGCUACAAUCGCCCGCUUUUCCUCCUCGAUAUCGAAUGCGAGGGCCUCUUCCAACCCAUGGACGACACCGACUACCAGAACGGCAACUUCCAUGCCUACACAGACCCGAAUGUUCUCGCCUCGGACCCCGAGGCUGGCCAGAACCGGGCGCGCGGGCCUUCGUUCGUGUGUACCGGCCACAGCAUCUUUGGCUAUUUCCUGCCCCUGAUGACUAUUCUCGGCGAGAUCGUGGACCUCAACCACGCGAGGAACCAUCCUCGCUUCGGUGUCGGGUUCCGCUCGUCUCGCGAGUGGGAUGACCAGACGUCCGAAAUCACCCGCCACUUGGAUAUGUACGAGCAGAGCCUGAAGAAGUUUGAGCAGCGACACCUCAGCCUCAACGCGCAAGCGCAGGCUGCCGACGAGAAGGCUGCCGAGGCAGCGGGUGUCCCAACAGCAAACGACCUACCCGGCACUCCUUCAGGACACAGCGUCCACAGCGCCCACACCAGCUCGAGCCGCAUGACCGAGAGCGACAUCCAGACGCGCAUCGUCAUGGCGUACGGCACGCAUGUCAUGCACGUGCUGCACAUCCUCCUCACCGGCAAGUGGGACCCCAUCAAUCUCCUCGACGACAACGACCUCUGGAUCAGCAGCCAGGGCUUCAUCACGGCGACGGGACACGCGGUCAGCGCUGCCGAGGCCAUCAGCAACAUCCUCGAGUACGACCCCGGCCUCGAGUUCAUGCCCUUCUUCUUUGGCAUCUAUCUACUCCAGGGCUCGUUCCUGCUGCUCCUCAUUGCCGACAAACUACAGCUAGAGGCCUCGCCCAGCGUGGUCAAGGCGUGCGAGACCAUCAUCCGGGCGCACGAGGCGUGUGUGGUGACGCUCAACACCGAGUAUCAGCGCAACUUCAGCAGAGUCAUGCGCAGCGCUCUCGCUCAGGUACGCGGUCGCGUGCCCGAGGACCUCGGUGAGCAGCACCAGCGCCGGAGGGAACUCCUGGCGCUGUACAGGUGGACUGGCGAUGGGACUGGCCUGGCACUUUGAAGUGGCUGGCUAGAUUCCUCUUCCUCUUCCUACUCCUUGGCGCGAAUUCUGUUUUUAUUCUCCUUGCCCCCUCCCCCCCCUUUUUACACCUCUGCCGUGCACGGCGGGUCAGCCGGCCGGUGUUCCAAUUUUGUUUUCCUCGGGCGGGUUUUGCUUUUAUGGCUGGCGUUCAAUGGCCUGCUUUUUUACUCUGGGGA